CCUCGACGGCUGCCUGCCUGCGCUGCACGUGGGCGCCGCCUGGGAGCGAUGCAGCCGCCGCCGCCGCAGAACCAUCCGCUGGGCUGGACGGCGCCGCGGCCGUUGGUGGUGCUGGGCGCUGCGCCUCCUUCGACGGCCAACGCCGAGGGUCAUGCUGGUGAGGGAGGAGCCCCCAGGCGGGGGGCCGGAGGAGGAGAUCCAGGGCUGGCCCUCGGGGACCCUCGCCCUGCCGCCGCCCUCGCCCUCCUGCUGCGGCCGCUGCGGCCAGAGCCUCCGACGCCUCCUCCCCGUCGGCGCCUGGCGAGAGGCCCGCGAGCUGGUCAAGAUCGGCGCCCCCGUGUUUGUGGCGCAGCUGCUGGGCUUCCUGAUCAGCGUGGUGAGCUCCAUCUUCUGCGGGCACCUGGGCAAAGCCGAACUGGACGCCGUCACCCUUGCCGUAUCGGUUAUCAACGUGAUUGGCAUUUCGGUUGGCACCGGAUUGGCGUCGGUGUGUGACACCCUCAUGUCCCAGACAUAUGGGAGUAAGAAUGUGAAGCGUGUUGGGACCAUCUUGCAGCGAGCGAUCCUCAUCCUGCUCCUUUUCUGCUUCCCCUGCUGGGCCUUUUUUGUCAACACCGAGCAGAUCCUGCUCCUCUGCAGACAGGACCCGGAAGUUUCCAGGUUAACUCAGGUUUACGUGAUGAUAUUUAUUCCGGCUCUUCCGGCGGCCUUCAUCUACCAGUUACAGAUCCGGUAUUUGCAAAGCCAGGCUAUCCUCUUACCCCAAGUGGUGACAGGCAUGGUGGCCAACAUCUUGAACGUCAUCAUGAACACCGUCUUCCUUUACUCGUUCGAGCUGGGUGUGGUGGGCUCUGCUUGGGCCAACACCCUUUCUCAAAACUUGCAGGCAGUCCUCCUCUUCCUCUAUGUGUGGUGGAAGAAGAUGCACAAGGAGACCUGGGGAGGGUGGACGCGAGACUGCUUGCAAGAAUGGGGGUCCUUCAUCCGCCUGGCCCUUCCCAGCAUGCUGAUGAUCUGCAUCGAGUGGUGGACCUUUGAGAUUGGCAGCUUCCUGGCAGGCAUGAUCAGCGUGGUACAGUUGGGCGCUCAGUCCAUCAUCUAUGAACUGGCUACUGUGGCGUAUCUGCUGCCGCAAGGCAUUAGUGUGGCCUCCAGCGUCCGAGUUGGCAACGCCUUAGGAGCCGGCGACGUCGAGCAAGCCAAGCUGUCUUGCAUCACGGGGCUUCUCUGCACGGGAGUGUUUGCGUUGGUGUUCACUGGCCUCCUGGUAGCUGUGAAGGAUGUGGUGGCCUACAUCUUCACCAGCGACAGGGAGAUUGCUGCCCUGGUUGCCAAAGUAAUGAUGAUUUUUGCCCCCUUCCACCUGCUAGACGCAAUUGCGGCCACGUGUGGCGGGGUGCUGAGGGGUGCUGGGAAGCAGAAGAUCGGUGCCAUUGCCAAUGCCAUCGGGUACUAUGCCAUCGGCUUACCCAUUGGGAUCUCGCUUAUGUUUGGGUAUAAACUUGGAGUGAUGGGCCUGUGGACAGGUUUGAUCGUUUGCAUCUCCCUGCAAGCCGCUUCCUUCUUGGCUUUUGUCCUGCGGGCGGACUGGAAGAAAGCAGCAGAAGAGUUGAAACUCUGGAACAAGUUCCGUGUGUCCAACAUUCCCUCGCUGAUAUUUAUAGAUGCCGCCACGGGAAAGGUUGUCUGCCGAAACGGCCUCUUGGUAAUCCGAGACGACCCAGAAGGUUUGGAGUUCCCUUGGGGCCCCCGGCCAUUCAGCGAGGUGGUCGCAGGACCUCUCCUCCGAAAUAGCGGCCAGGCUCAGGAGAGCACCAUCCUGGAGGGCUCGCAUGUUGGCGUUUACUUCUCCGCACACUGGUGCCCACCAUGCAGAAGUCUCACACGGGUGCUGGUGGAAUCCUAUAGGAAAAUCAAGGAAUCGGGCCAAAAAUUUGAGAUCGUCUUCGUCAGUGCAGACAGGUCAGAGGAUUCGUUCAAACAGUAUUUCAGCGAGAUGCCCUGGCUGGCCAUCCCGUACGCCGACGAGGGGAGACGCUCGCGUCUCAACCGGCUCUACGGCAUCCAAGGCAUCCCGACCCUCAUCGUUCUGGACCCCAAGGGGGACGUGAUCACACGGCAAGGCCGAGUGGAGGUGCUGAACGACGUCGAGUGCAAGGAGUUCCCCUGGCACCCCAAGCCCGUCCUGGAGCUGACUGACUCCAACGCCGUCCAGCUGAACGAGGGCCCUUGCCUCGUGCUUUUUGUAGAUUCUGACGACGAUGGGGAGUCCGAGGCCGCGAAGCAGUUGAUCCAGCCCAUUGCCGAGAAGAUAAUUGCCAAAUACAAAGCCAAAGAUGAGGAGGCGCCUCUGCUGUUUUUCGUCGCUGGAGAGGAUGACAUGACUGACUCCCUUCGGGAUUACACCAACCUCCCCGAAGCGGCCCCACUUCUCACCAUUCUGGACAUGUCCGCCCGCGCCAAGUACGUCAUGGACGUGGAAGAAAUCACGCCCGACAUCGUGGAGGCUUUUGUGAAUGACUUUCUAGCAGACAAGCUUAAACCCGAACCCAUCUGAAAAGAAGCGGAGGUAGGGUGACAGGGGAGGGGGCUUCUUUUCUGCCCCCACCCCACCCCACCUCGCUUGGACCUUAUUUAAAAAUUGCAGGAUUUUUUUUUCCAGCUCUGUGCACAACGUUAACUCUGACAUUCUUGUAGUGCCUUGUUUUUAAAACACACCAGUUUCUCCUCUCGACUCCUCCUCCUAUCCAAACUCUUUGAAAGGUGCUGUUUUUCAGCUGGGAGAUGCUGGCGAGGGUAGGCUUGGCUUGUACAUUUUUGGGGGGGAAGGUGUGGGGAGGUGGGAAUUGAUAGAUUUCCCAAGAACCCAAGUGUGGGGAGGUAGGAAGUGAUAGAUUUCCCAAGAGCCUAACAAACCCCUGUGGCUACCUGUGGGUAGCAGCUAAAAAAUGGGCUCGUUUCCUAAUUUCAGGCUUGGGGCGGUGUGCGUUGGGUCUUUAGGGCUGAUCUCUGCUGUUCACCCACGUGACCUGUUCCAACAAAGCAAUAACCAAAUCCUUUAUCCCUGCCCAAUUUUUUUUUUUGCAUCUUGCCAAGAUGACCCCCACCCCACCACAUCCAGCAUAGACUUUUCUGCAUGUGGGAUGAGACAAUCAACCUAUCAAAACUGCUUUGCCUUUUGUGGCUGCUUAGAAGAAAAAAAACUAAAAUCUUGCAGAGUUGAAGUGGGUUUACCUCUCUCAUAGCUGCCUCCCAAGUUAUGUUCCUUCGGGAGGGGGCAGCAAGAGUGGAUCUUUAGGGCGCUCUAGCAAAGUCUAGGUAUCUGGGGAAACAAGUUUCCUAGGUCAAGGUCACCUCCAGCCGGCUCUGCUGAAAUGGACCUGGCUCAGGAUACAAACUCCUGUCCACGCUCGCCUGCACUACCAAUCUAAUAUCCGUUGUCUCUCCCCUGCAUCUUUCUAUGACUUGGAUUUUAAGCCAGGCUUCUGCACCUUAUUCCCUCUUUGCAAUUUGAACACUGCAACGAUUGCACCCUGGAACCUGCAGUUGCUGAGGCGCCUAAUGGCCUAUAUGCCAAGGACUUGGGAGCCCCUGGGAAAAUGAGAUUUCCUCAGGCUCCCUGGUGUCUGCAACACUGCCAUUACCGUGUUCAAAGCGCGUGAGGAGUGAAGGUCUCCUAGGCCUCUGAGAUCUUACUUGUGCUUCUACUGACCCAUAUAAAUAAAGAGGGGGGGUUGCAGGGCCUGUUACAUGGGGACUGAAAGACGCUUUCAUCCUGCUAUGCUUUCUCUUCGGAAGUGUGGGGGGUCCAAACUUUUGAACCACAUUUUUUUUGGGGGGGGGGGGAAAUAAGCCAUCCUGAUUUUGUUUAAAAUUUUAUUUUCCGGAAUGACCUAGGGUUGUUCACCCACCGUUUAAAAGUUGCCUUGCAAUCACAUGUGGGGUUUCUUUUUGGGGGGGGGGUGUUGGUAGUUGCCUGCCACACGGUUGUAGCCAGAAUUAGCACCAUUUUGCAGCCGCUGAGAAAUCCCGGUCAGCUGGAGUAACAACUUCGCCUGGCUCAGUUCAUUUGGCCUUCUCUUCGGACAUUUGCCCCAAGCACUCAAAAGCGUGGUUGAGGACAGGGACACGCUCACAGGCGCCAUCGCUCACAGCCAUCACGCGGGCACAGACACAGAUCUUCCUCAUGUUGCGCUUUGAAGAUGACUGUUUGCUUGAAUGUGAGCAGCGCAUUCUGCACAAUCAGGUAUCCAGAUAAAGCAAGGUCCCCGGUCGCACAGAGGAGGUCUGCAGCUGCUGUCGCGACUUGCAGGCCGUAAGUAAGUAGGGAACUUUUCCUGUAGCUCUGAAUGGUCGAAUUCUUUCCGUUCCCGGCCUUGUAACCAACCAACCAUCUCUUGUCACAGUAACUUUACAAUAAAACCUGGGGUUAUUUUAGAUAAUUUUUCUACCCCUACCUCCUCCUUUUGUUUUAAAUACAUCCCUGAUGCAGAUCUACCCUUGGACAGUGUUGUUUUCAGACUUUUUGGCAAAAUGGGGUGGGUGGGAUGAACAGACAUCCCUUGAAGAGAGCGCUUUUCUUUGUCUGGCAAAGUGGAUGUUGUUAAAAACAAAAAACCCUUGUACAUGGUGACUGGAACUUUGUAAUAAAAGCCAUUCUAGUAACGUUAA